CUGAGGGCUGAGGGUAUCCUGAUGAUAAGACACCAAAGCGACCAAAACAUUCCACUCCCCAGAUGCAAGCAUCCCACUCCGGCCUUGCCCGAGUCUUUGUCAAACACCAACAGAACUGAGCUGCAUGCAACAGGUCCGUUCGGGAUCGACCGUAUCACCGUUUGACGACAUCAUACGCAGCGAACUUUCCUCACCCCAUACCGGUAUUCUAUAUCUUGGGGCUUGCCCCGCCACAACCUGCCUUUCGGGGCGUCUGGGAUACAUUCUCGAACUUCUCCAAAACCACAGCACGGCAGCAGCAUUUGUGUGGGUCAAUUCAGCGCAAUGGGUCUCCUUCACGGCGUCCGGCAUCUGAUUGUGCCAUUUGUCUGCCUUUUCACCAUUCCACUAGCCUUUCUUGCGGGCUUCACGACCGUCAUAGCCUUUGGAGUGCUUCUGUUCCGCAUUGCCUCCGUUUAUCUCGAGAUCGCCCUCAACGCUGUUCCGCAAUGUCUGAUGGGCAAAAGUAGAUCGCCUCUCAUACGGCCCACCGAUCUCGAGAACCGGAAAUAUAGCCCGGAUGGCUUGAAGACGCCAGUCUCGCCCACAGCCAGCUUCGCCAGCGCCAGCAUCGCCAGCGGAUACAGCACGCCUUCCCCAGGUUUGGUCUUUCCAUCAACACCAGCCUACGGGUCUUCGGGCUACAUCAGCCCGCACCGCCGCAGAAACAGCUUUAUUGCUGGCCCGCGCCGCUCUCGUCGCUCCAGCCAAGUGAGUCUAGGCUCCAUGACGUCCAUCCCUCCAAUCCACGAGGGCGAACCAUUGCUCCCCACUAUCCCGCUAGAGGCUUGUUUGACGCCCUCUGUCGGCCUGGAUCGCGAUUUUGAAGGCGUUGGCGGCUGGCGGCUCUCUGAUGACGAGGACAGCGCUGAGUGGACCAAAAUCAACUCACGGUUGGACCUGGGAUUCGAGAGGGUAUCAUCCUAUCCGCGACACCACCCGCGGCCGUAUACCGGCCCGGCGGGCCCACCAAGCGAAGGAGCUUGGCUUUCCACUAUCAAUGCCCGUGUGCCUGAGUCGAGGGAUUUUGAUUUUGGAAGGAGGGCACCGGUGUCGCCCAACAAUGGCCGCGUCGUUUUUACUCCAACGGUCCAAGUACAGGCUCCUGGUGAGAUCCCAGAUAAGGAUCCAUAUCACCGGGAUUCGGUAUCGCCAAAGACGACCAAGAAACCCCCGCGCAAUUUCUAAGCCUGAGCAGUAGUAAUAC